GUUUGCAGUGGCGCAAGUGUUUUCCGUUCUUCUCUGGAACAACACAGCGUCGCUGAGCGAGCUGUUGUCAAAUUCUAGCACAGUGAACGGUUUGGAGGCGUCGCAUCCCAGAGUGGAAGCAUAUUUCACGGGCAUAGAGAGUAGUUGCUCAGUCCGAAUCGGUGACGUCGGACGUGUUCUGAAGUUUGUUCCCGGCUGAUACCUGGAUACAGGUGAAGGCAGGCGCGCGACCCAUGAUUAUUAUCAGAACUCUUCCAAUCUGCUGCUGUGCUGGCGCAGAUAGAUGUAGCUAAGCUAGCUGGGAGAUGAGAGCAGGAAUUAUUUUCGGGCUUCGCUAUUGCUGUGUCCAGCUGUGGCUGCAGUAGCGACUUUGCUAGUCCUCAGUUUCUGCUAUGCUUGCAAUGCCCACACUGGGAAACUGAUAAAAUAAUCUACUGCUGCUGCUGCUGCUGCUGCUGCCUGUCAACAUGGAUAUAGGCGAGGCCAUACGGGGUGUGCAAAGAUCAUCAUCGGCUCCGCCAACGCACUUGCUGUUGAGUGCCGUCUGGCCCCGCCGCUGCUGCUCGUCACGACUAGUAUCAUCAUCAUCAUCAUCAAAGCCUGGUUACAGUGCGUCAAUGCUGCUGUUUGUAUUCAUGUUGCUGAUCGCACUACAAUGUAAUGGAGUGACAUCGAGAUCAGAUUGUAUUCUAUUUGGAUGUGAUGCUGGCUGGCAAUGCGAUACAUCCUAUCAUCUCUCUGGUGACUGUGUGCAAGUAUUCAAUGAUGAUGACAUUAACGGUAAUGAACUGAAUGAUGAGAAAUUGUUUGGUGUGGAGAACGUUGACAGGAACAGCCUGGUAACAGCAGUAGGAGCAGCGGCUGGAGCAGGAUUAGCUCAAGAACUUCAUGUCAACGAUGCAAAUCAAGCUGCCGCCAAGCCUCUAUCUGUAGCCGGAGAUAGUUAUUUGCCAGAUACAUCCUCCUUAGGAGAUGAGGAUGAUGAUGAAGAAGUUGAAGAAGAUGAUGGUGGCGGUCAAGCAGUUAACUCAGGCCUGUCUGGGUUGUCUCUUGGUGGAAGUUCAGAUGUUACACCUAAUCCUCUCAGUGCUGUGGUUCCAACAGAACCGCUCACGAUUGUUUCUAGGAUGAAGAAGGUGCAGCACAGCAAGUGUGAACAAACACGAGCAAGAGAAGUAACAAAGUGUGACGGCAUGAUAGGAUGUUUCAUCAGCCAGUGCAAUGAAGAUGGAGCAUUCUCCAGCAUGCAAUGCCAUGAUAGUACUGGGUAUUGCUGGUGUGUUGACACGUUGGGACAACGGAUAGAGGCAACAGUUUCUCCUCCAGGCCAUGCACAACCAAACUGUGAUGCUGUAUCUCGUGAAGGUAGCAGCGAGCCGGCAUCAGCUGGUGUUGAGACAUCUACGCUACCUGUCCAACGCAGUGUAACUCCGUACGGUCUGGCAUCGGAAAAUACCCUGAGAGAGCCAAGUAACUUGAGACAACGUCAGUCCAGCGCUGUUUUGAUGAAAGAAGCAGUGACCGGUGAAGAAGACCCAUCGGUGAGGUUGACUGAUAACCAUGCCAGAGCAGCAGUUGCAGAUCAACCUGUACUCACUGCUAGUCCUGAUAGCAGCAUCAGCACAAGCAGCAGGAGCAACAUCAGAAGUAGUAGAAGUGAUACGCAGGAUGAGGAUUCAAGUAGUGCUGAAGGGAAUGCCCAUCCACUCGAAGCUGCCAACAUCUUGCUAUGGGUGAUAGUGGCGUGCUGUAUUGCAUUCACUGUCAGCAUUCCAUUGCUAUUCGUGUGUCUGUACAGAUGGCUGAGAAGGACAAAUGAUCCCGUCAAACCCUACAUUGUAUACAAGAGGCAGCCAACAGCAUCAGACUCUGCUUCAGCAUCCAUCGCUGGCAACACUGCUGGCAGUGAUAGAGACAAAGAGUUACUGCUGAGGACAGCUCGUAGCCAUCGUCAUGGCAGUGUCUCCACACUCUCAGAGAAAUCUGUUCUUCUUCCAUCACAACAGUCGAGUGAAUCAGUCAAUGGGCACAUGGAAAUCUACACUGGCCACAGAGUACUGGAAUAUCUUGAGGAGCACAUAACCAACCCGGAGAAGUUGUCGGAAGAAUGGAAGGGUGUAUCAGGUUACCAAGCAGAGGAUGAGAGCACAUCAGAUGCCAAGUUGGAUUACAACUCUGGAAAAAAUCGCUACCCAGACAUUCUACCAUAUAACAAUCAUCGUGUCAGGUUAGAUUGUUCAAACAAUGCCAGUCGCUCAGAUUACAUCAAUGCCACUGCUAUUUUUGACCGUAACCCACGCUAUCCAACACACAUAGCAACUCAAGGUCCCCUUGACAGCACUGUUGCUGAUUUCUGGCAGAUGGUAUGGGAGAUGAAUUCCACCAUCAUCGUUAUGCUCACCAAACUAACGGAAGGUGGCAUGAGUCAGUGUCACCGUUAUUGGCCCAAGCACGGACAGCAAGUGUAUCAUAUGUUCGAGGUACAACUAGUUUCUGAGCACGUCAUGUCAGAUGACUAUUGUGUCCGUAGUUUCUAUUUAGUCAAUUUGAAGACGAAGAUGAGCCGCACAGUGACUCAAUAUCAGUUCCUAUCCUGGACUCAUGUUGCUGUACCAACUAUUGCAACAACAACCCAUGCAUUGCUUGACUUCAGGAGGAAAGUAAAGAAAAGUUAUUCUGAUGUCAGUGCACCCAUCAUUGUCCAUGACAAUGCUGGUGUAGGAAGAGCUGGCUGCUACAUCUUGAUAGAUAUUCUUCUGAUGAGAUUGUCGGAAAAUCUUGUCAAGGAGAUUGACAUGGCUGCUUGUGUGGAACAUUUGAGAGACCAGCGCAUGCACAUGGUUCAAACUGAGGAUCAGUUCAAGUUUGCAUACAGCGCUUUGCUGGUGGAAGUUCGCUCCAUUCUAGAUGCAAUGCCGAAAUAAGUGUAGACGUAUCCUUUCCAACAGCCAGUUUCAGGCACUGCUUGUGAUAAUGAGAAGGCAUCUCGUUACUGAAGCUGCUGCUGUGCCUGCCACUGCACUGGGUACCUACUACUGCUCUCACUACCGCUAUCACUACCGCUCUCACUACCGCUAUCACUACUUGAGUACGGGUUUAUUCACAAAGCCAAUCCUGUGGAUCCCGUAAAGUAAGAGCCAACACAAAAAAGACAACCGAAAUUCGGCAAUCAAGAGAACACUAAAUUACUCUCAUCAUUUCUCUCACUGCUGUUCUCACUACUACUGGUACUGUUGCUGGUAGUUUUAUUUCAUUGCCUUCUUAAGUAUGACAUUCUUCUUACUGAUCGGAUCAGCGCUAUGUGACAGCAAGAACUUGAUAUACUGCUGCUGCUGCUGCUUCUGCUGCUGCUGCUGCAGCGGCUGGAGCACAAGGAGCCCAGCUGAUUUUGGUCCAAGGUGCUUCUGUACUGCAUGUUGUCAUUCUUGAAUAAUGCAGUGUACAGUAGGUCCGAGCAUUUUCUGUAAGUAUUACUUUGAUACCUACGGUCAUGAUACUUGUACACAUACCACACACACAUACAUACAUAUGCACGUAUGCACACAUACCUUACACACGUUAUACGCACGCAGGCAUGCAGGCACGCACACUCGCAGACACUUCAGUACAAACAAUGUGAAUCUUCACAAGUGCUAUUUGCAACAGUUUCCAGUCAUAUUUGGGUUGGCCCAAUUAUUUUUCUAUUCAACUUCAGCAGUGAUAACUCAUUUAGUUAUGACUGUGUUGUACGUUUGUGGAUGAGGUGUUUGGAGUGUUCCAUGA